AUGUUAGCAGUUCUGAUCUGUGUCCUGGUGCUCCCGACACCUCUGCAGGUGGAGGCCAAGUUCAAGAGUCUCCACUGUACCAACUACGACAGAUCCUAUGGCGAAAUUUUGCUGUGCAAAAUCAAGGCCAUCAAUCGGUACAGGAACUCGAUAAGUAUCCAAUUCAGGCAGAUGAGAACCGUCAAUAAUGUCCAUAUGCGUUUGGAGUUUUUUAAACGAGCCAACGGCUGGCGUCCUUUUUUGUACAACAUUUCGUUUAAUCUGUGCGAUUUCCUAUCUAAGAGAAACAAUGUGAUCGUGAGCCUCGGAUACGAGUAUCUCAAACCGUACAUCCCAAUUACGAAUUACACUUGCCCGUUUAAGGUAAAUGAGCUUUAGUAUCAGAGAACCAAAGACCGUUCUCCAUCCCACUUUAUGUUUCAGAAAAAUCAUUUAAUUAAGUGUACCGACCUCGAGUUCGAUAUCGAAAAGUUCCGUGUUCGAUUUCCUAUAGAAACCGGGGAAUACGCUCUCCAGCUGAGCUUCAUUGUCCAGAGGAAAGUCACGCUGACCCUCAAUGGCUCUGCAGAGUACUACAACUAUCGAGAGCACUAA